AUGAGAGUGGUCCUCCUGGCCUUAAGACUGAUGUGCUUGGCCUGGUUGUGGCCUGUCACCCAGCUCAACAGCAGCACAAACAAGAGGAGACACAAGGAGCUGUACAUCGGAGAGAACACCAAACAAAAACAUGGAGGACGGGUGGAUCUUAAGUUGAAAAAGAUGGACAGCACCAAGUCUAUGCUAAUUAAAUCUGAGCAGCUGCUUCGGAUUGAAGAUCAUGACUUUGCAAUGAGGCCGGGCUUUGGAGGUUCAGCUAUUCCUGUUGGCAUCGACGUCCAGGUGGAGAGCAUUGACAGCAUAUCUGAAGUAAACAUGGACUUCACCAUGACUUUGUACCUGAGGCAUUACUGGCAGGACGAUCGCCUGGCCUUCCCCUCCAGCAGCAACAAGAGUCGUACCUUUGAUGCACGUCUUGUGAAGAAGAUUUGGGUUCCUGACGUGUUCUUUGUCCACUCUAAGCGUUCUUUUAUUCAUGACACAACCAUGGAGAACAUCAUGCUGAGGGUUUAUCCUGACGGCAAUAUCCUCUAUAGUGUCAGGAUCACUGUGACUGCACUUUGUUCAAUGGACUUCAGUAGUUUCCCUCUGGACACACAGAAUUGCUCUCUGGAGCUAGAGAGCUAUGCUUACAAUGAGAACGAUCUAAUGCUCUACUGGAAGAACGGGAACGAUUCAUUAAGGACUGACGAGAUCGUGCUCUCUCAGUUUUUUAUUGAAGACUUCCAGCCUUCCUUUGGGCUUGCCUUCUACAGCAGUACUGGUUGGUACAAUCGGCUCUACAUAAACUUCAUUCUCAGGAGGCAUAUCUUCUUCUUCAUGCUUCAGACUUACUUUCCCACCAUGCUGAUGGUGAUGCUGUCCUGGGUGUCUUUUUGGAUAGACCGGAGGGCUGUACCUGCCCGUGUCUCUCUGGGCAUCACCACCGUUCUGACAAUGUCCACCAUCAUCACCGGUGUCUCAGCCUCUAUGCCACAGGUGUCUUACGUCAAAGCCGUAGACAUCUACUUGUGGGCAAGCUUCCUGUUUGUCUUCCUGUCUGUCAUCGAGUACGCUGCUGUCAACUAUUUCACCACAGUGGAGGAGAUGAAGAAGCUCAAGAGUGCAAAGAUCCCCAACUACAACGCCAGCCAGGCUAUGGCGUUCGACGGUUGUUUCCAUGACAACGAAAUUGACCUGACUUCUUUUCCAGAGGUCUCCAGCACCCCAAACACAGAGAGGAACACCCAGUCUCGAAACUCUAAUGCCUCUGCACCCACGGAAGGCACCAGGCUACGCCGCAAGCACCCUUUAAGACAAAACCUCAGCUUCAUAAUGAGCAACAGCUACAUGAUCGACUCCUACUCCAGAGUCAUAUUUCCCCUGGCUUACCUGCUCUUCAACAUAAUUUACUGGAGUAUGUAUGCAUAGUACAUUAACUGCGCAGCAGAAUAAACAGGAUUCACCAUUAUACAGUGUAACACCAACAGGCUGCAAAUACGCUCAAGUUUGCACAGCGUCUGCCAGAUAUCUUGCAUGAUGUCUUCUACUCAAGAGGUCUUCAGUUGUAACUUGGAAUCAAAAAAUCUGAGAUCAGCUGUUGCGUUGAAUGGCUGCAAUUUUUGCGGAUGUUUAUGUGUUUUUAGCAUGCCUGUUUUAUAAGAAAAAGUUUUGAACAAACAAAUAUAUUUACAUUUUU